GAGUUGCUGCUUCCUUCGAAGGAUUUUGACAUUUCAGUGCUGGUGGUUCUAUUUGUAGCUGAAUAAGUUUCUCUCCUCUUCCGUAAAUCUACGCAGUUUUAGUAUAUAAAUUAGUAAUUAUUUUACUAUUACGAACUGAGUAUUAUAAACUAGAAUAAUAAUGACAACACAAGUAGUGCAGCAUGUAUUACUCUCCCGCACUUUACCACAGUUCAAAAGACAUCACCCCUUAUACUCCACAUGUCGUACCCUAUUUGAUUUCACUCCAAUAACAAAGACGAGGCGUGACUUUAAACAGAAGAAAUUAGCAGGCUAUUCUAUGGAUCAACUAUAUUCUGUCGUAGCUGAUGUAGAAAAUUACUAUACGUUUGUACCAUUCUGCAAAAAAUCCCACGUUUACACCAAAAAACCUGGCUCACUGAAAGCAGACCUAAUCAUAGGCUUCCCACCGCUAAACGAGAGUUACACUUCGAACGUGACCCUGGUGCGACCAACACUGGUUAAAGCAGAGUGUGUAGACGGUCGGCUGUUUAAUUACUUGCUAACGGCGUGGCAGUUCAGUCCGGGUCUCAAGGACAUACCGCAGUCCUGUGUAAUCGAUUUCAUGGUCGCGUUCGAGUUCAAGUCCGCACUGCAUUCGCAGCUAUCGAAUCUGUUCUUCGACCAGAUUGUGAAGCAAAUGGAGUAUGCGUUUAUUCACGAGGCGAAGAACCGCUACGGAAGGCCGUCAAUCAAGAGUCACGUGCUAGUGGCUAACAAAUCGUAACCCACACCUCGCGCUCGCGAACGACUCUGCGUAGAAAGAAGGGGAGAGAAACUGACAUCAAGAAUGCCCGUUUAUAACCCUCUAUUUAAGAAUGAAAUUAUUUAUACAUCGGAUAGCUAAUAAAUUUCUGUAUAUGAGUAAAAGCACAAAUUUAUGAGCGUCCUUGGAGCAAGGGGCAGCAAAGGAACGCGGGAAAAGAAAACAAUUCCUUUUUUUAUAGGUGCUAGACAAAAGAGGCAAUUGGUGUCCAGUCAAUGCGGGCAUACCGCGGAUUCUAAAACCAGUGGUGGCCUCUAAAUUAGGCAGUUUGAGAUAUGUCAGGGCAGUCAUUUUUGUGAGCAUCGAUUGUUUUACAUCUGUUAUUUAAUUUGUGAAUAAAAUACUAACAUAUUGUUGACUAUAUAUUUAUUCGUUCCAAUAAAUUUGAAGAUUGAUUAUUCUAAAAUUGUUGAAUAAA